UACGAUUGGUAUUGAUAGAGACAUUGAUAAAGAAUGAUUCAUGAAGAGAGUGGAUUAAAGUACAUUGGUAUUGGUAUCCUUGGUCAAUCAUUGAUCUAGAGCAUCUAGAGAUGGUUCAGAGUACUUUUCUUUUUUGACAAUUUGUAAGGGAAUAUUAGCAAAAUGAAGAAGGAGGCACUCACUAUGGAAUUCGCCGAGAAGUAUCGGACGGUACCUCUAGAUACCAGAUUCACGAACACUAAUCAGACCAGAAACUGCCAUCAGAAUUUCUUGGAUUUCCAGCGCUGUUCUAACGUUCGUGGUGAAGACUACGAAGCUUGUCAGUAUUUCAAGAGAGUUUACAAGAUAAUUUGCCCAAAUGCCUGGAUCGAGAAAUGGGAUGAGCAAAUUGCUAAUAACACAUUCGCAGGACGUAUUUAAACCUAUGAACCUGCUCCUGAGCAGUUGUUACUUGUAUAUUCGCUCUAUUAGUCAUUUCAAUAAGUCAUUCACAUAUGUUUGAAAGAAAGAAUUACUGCUGAAAACAAUUUAAGCCUAUGAAUAAAAAUUGAGAAUAAAAAAAGGUA